AUGGCCGCCACCCGUGUUGUCGCUUCCCGCCUGGCCUCCCAGAUGGCCGUCAAGGCCGCUCGCCCUGCCAUGCGUGCUCCCGUCGCUGCCUCCAAGCGCGCCCUGAGAGCCUUCCGGCUUGGCCAAUUGGACAGGACAGCAACUAACGCAACCGAUGAAGGCACUGCCAGCCCCAUGCAGGCUCUCCGCCGCCAGCAGGCUUCCACCAUCCUCAACGCCACUGCCCGCAACGCCGUCCAGCGCCGUGCCUACUCUUCCGAGAUCGCUCAGGCUCUCGUUGAGGUCUCCAAGAACAUCGGUAUGGGUUCCGCCGCCAUUGGUCUGACUGGUGCUGGUAUCGGUAUUGGUCUCGUCUUCGCUGCCCUCCUCAACGGUGUUGCCCGCAACCCUGCUCUCCGUGGCCAGCUCUUCUCCUACGCCAUUCUGGGUUUCGCUUUCGUCGAAGCCAUUGGUCUUUUCGACCUGAUGGUUGCCCUCAUGGCCAAGUUCACCUAA